AUGUCCUCCGACCAGCCACGGGUUGUCGAGAGCAGACCAUCGGCCUUGACGUCCAACCCCGUACACGAAGCAGAGGACGAAAAGGACCAUGGCACUGUCGAGCGGCCCCUGCUGGCUGAGCAGGUCCGCGAGGUCAUCCGCCUAAUCCAAUGUCGAAAGUGCUCGCGCCCGCUACGAGAACCCAUUACACUCCCCUGCGGCCGGAGCCUCUGCAGAGAAUGUCUGCCCGAAACCCACGCCCGCGAAAACAUAUCGUAUCCUGCCACUCCAGGCAGGUUACAGGGUUUCGAGUGCCCAUAUCAAGAAUGCGGACGGAAUCAUGCAGUGGGAGAUUGUGGUGUCGACGUUAUCCUCACCAAAGCUGUCAACAACUUCAAGGCCGAGAUCGAAAAGGCAAGGGUUACGAACACGGCUGCCGAGAUAUCUACGCAUGUCGUGAUACAACCUCCGAAUACGGCCAAGAGCGACGCGGAUGCGGAUGUGGGCGACUGCACGGUUUCAAGAGACGUCAAAGGAGGCCCGCUCAUUGCCGUUUACACGCUUGCUGAAGAGGGCGAACUCGAUUACAACUCCAGCAUUAGCUUUGCAGAGGUAUCUUCACUGGGAGACGAGGCGGCGGCUCUCGACAUGAAGACUUUUUCAAAGGUGAAAGAGUCCGUCAGGACAGAAAUGGACUGUCAGGUCUGUUAUGCGCUGUUCUACGACCCGUUGACGACGGUCUGUGGCCACACUUUCUGCCGUUCCUGUCUGCACCGAGUGCUCGAUCAUUCAUCAUACUGUCCCGUCUGUCGAAGAGGCAUAUCGGUCAGCCCUCUACUCUACCGAGAAUCGUGUCCUUCCAACGACCACUUGAAGACCAUCAUUCAAACAUUCUGGGCUGAUGCCGUCCUAACAAGAGGUGACGCUCUGGCUGCGGAGGCUCUGAAUCGACAUCGGGAGUUCGACAUUCCAAUAUUUGUUUGCACUCUCUCCUUCCCGAUGAUGCCCACUUUUCUACAUGUCUUUGAGCCAAGGUACCGACUCAUGAUCCGACGGGCUUUGGAAGGCGAUCGAACUUUUGGCAUGGUUCUACCGCAACGACCGCGGACACCGAACGAUACGCACUUCAUGGAGCACGGCACAUUACUCCGGAUAGUGAACGCCGAGUACUUCGCGGACGGUCGGAGCCUCAUCGAAACGACUGGAAUCUCGCGGUUCAAAAUUACGAGACACGGCAUCUUGGAUGGUUAUCUAGUGGGAAAGAUCGAAAGAAUGGAUGAUAUUUCAAUCGCCGAAGAGGAGGAUUUGGAGGCUGCAGAAACCCAGCAAGCCCUGGAAAGAUACGAAAGCGCCAAUACGCAUCUGAGCGAGGAGUCCACGAUACCGAGACCACUUACUACGACGCCAGAAGACCUGUCAAGGAUGCCGACCAGCGAACUGCUGUCUUUUGGCGUCUCUUUUGUCGAGAGAAUGAGACAACAAAGUGUCCCCUGGCUGGCACAAAGAAUGCUAGCGAUCUAUGGAGAGUGCCCCAACGAUCCGGCUCUCUUCCCCUGGUGGUUCGCCAGCAUACUCCCCGCCAAAGACUACGAGAAGUACAAACUUCUCGGCACAACGAGCGUACGAGAGAGGUUGAAGAUCUGCUGCAGCUGGAUUCGUGAGUGGGAGUCAAGCAGGUGGUAA